AUGGCGACACGCUCCUGCCGGGAGAAGGCUCAGAAGCUGAACGAGCAGCACCAGCUCAUCCUGUCCAAGCUGCUGAGGGAGGAGGACAACAAGUACUGCGCCGACUGCGAGGCCAAAGGUCCUCGAUGGGCUUCCUGGAAUAUUGGUGUGUUUAUUUGCAUCAGAUGUGCUGGAAUCCAUAGAAAUCUUGGGGUUCAUAUAUCCAGGGUCAAGUCAGUCAACCUAGACCAAUGGACACCAGAACAGAUACAGUGCAUGCAGGAUAUGGGAAAUACUAAAGCAAGACUACUUUAUGAAGCCAAUCUUCCAGAGAACUUUCGUAGACCACAGACAGAUCAAGCAGUGGAAUUUUUCAUCAGAGAUAAGUAUGAAAAGAAGAAAUACUAUGAUAAAAAUGCAAUAGCUAUUACAAAUAUUUCUUCCUCUGAUGCUCCUCUUCAGCCUUUGGUAUCUUCUCCUUCUCUACAAGCUACUGUUGAGAAAAACAAAUUGGAGAAAGAAAAGGAAAAAAAAAAGGAAGAGAAAAAGAAAGAAAAGGAGCCAGAAAAGCCUGUGAAACCUCUUACAACUGAAAAGCUACAGAAGAAAGAAGAUCAGCAGUUGGAGCCUAAAAAAAGUACCAGCCCUAAAAAAGCUGCAGAGCCCACUGUUGAUCUUUUAGGACUUGAUGGCCCUGCUGAAGCACCAGUGACCAAUGGGAACACAACCACAGUGCCAUCCCUGAAUGAUGAUCUAGACAUCUUUGGACCAAUGAUAUCUAAUCCCUUACCUGCAACAGUCAUACCCCCAGCUCAGGGGACACCCUCUAUACCUGCAGCUGCCACUCUGUCUACAGUAAUAUCUGGGGAUCUGGAUCUGUUCACUGAGCAAGCUACAAAGUCAGAAGAGGUGGCAAAGAAACAACUCUCCAAAGACUCCAUCUUAUCUUUGUAUGGUACAGGAACCAUUCAGCAGCAGAGUACUCCUGGUGUGUUUAUGGGACCCACAAAUAUACCAUUUACCUCACAAGCACCGACUGCAUUUCAAGGUUUUCCAUCAAUGGGCGUGCCUGUGCCUGCACCUGCACCUGCAGCUCCUGGUCUUCUAGGAAAUGUGAUGGGACAAAGUGCAAGCAUGAUGGUGGGCAUGCCCAUGCCCAAUGGGUUUAUGGGAAAUGCACAAACUGGUGUGAUGCCACUUCCUCCAAAUGUGGUUGGCCCCCAAGGAGGAAUGGUGGGACAGAUGGGUGCACCCCAGAGUAAGUUUGGCCUGCCGCAAGCUCAACAGCCCCAGUGGAACCUCUCACAGAUGAAUCAGCAAAUGGCUGGCAUGAGUAUCAGUAGUACGAACCCAACAGUGGGUUUUGGCCAGCCCCCCAACACAACAGCAGGAUGGUCUGGAAGCUCAUCGGGUCAGACUCUCAGCACACAACUGUGGAAAUGA